AUGGCCGGUCGUCGCAUAAGUGUACGUGGUGUUCCUUAUCAAAUUGAACAACAAAUUGGUCAUGGCCUUCAUAGUCUUGUUUAUGGUGCUCGUGAUUUACGUAGUGGUCGACCAGUAGCUAUUAAAAUAGUUAAUCUUACCCAUGGUUCAAGUGAUGUUAAAGCUGAUACUAUAUCUCGACAACAAUCAUUUGCGAAAGAAAUUAAAAUGCUUUUAUAUUUACAACCAUUAAAUCCUUAUGUUAUUCGUGUAUUUAAUCAUGAACGUAAUGAUCGUGAAGGAAUAAUUGUUAUGGAACGUGGUAACACAUUACGUGAUAGUAUUGCUGGACAUUUGGCUAGUGGAACUCCAAUGGCUCCACCUCUUAUAUAUCAAUAUUGGUCACAAAUGGUCGAAGCUAUUUAUUACUUACAUCGAAUUGGAUUUGUUCAUGGUGAUUGUAAGCCUGAAAAUUUUAUUCAAGUUGGUCCUGACGGUGCAUCAUUACGAUUAAUUGAUAUGGGUAUUAGUUUUCGUUUACCACCAAAUGUUACUAGUCGCUUGAAAACGGCUGCUGGGACACCAGAUUAUGUAGCUCCAGAAAUGGUUAAAUCUCGUUUGGGUCUUGGUACACAUUCGAAAUGUGGUUAUAAAGCAGAUGUUUGGGCGCUUGGUGUUAUUCUGUUUGAAAUGGCAUUUGGCUUUCGACCAUUACAGCGCAUGCGUACUAACGAAGAAAAAUUGGGCUUUUUAGGUCGAUUAAAACGCAAUAUUCCUAUACCAGAGCAUCCUGAUAAAGAUUUACGUGAUAUACUUAAACGUUGUUUACGUUCGAAUCCACGUCGACGUGCAAGUGUUCAACAAGUACUCGAACAUGCAUAUCUAGCUAGAGGAUAUUAA